AUGGAGCUCGGCUGGAAGAUCAGGGCAACUGCCGCUGCCAACAAAAGCCUGGUUCCGUUGCCGCGAGAUGAGGCAAGGUUAGAUCCGCUGUUGGGUGCUACAAUUCGCAAGAUCUUCGGGUCGCAGUGGUACUAUGGACAGGUCAUUGCCAUAGAUGCCGAUGUGGCAUCUGGUGAAAGGGCUUAUCAUGUGGCCUAUGAGGACGGAGACGAAGAGCACCUCAGCGCUGUCGAAGUCAAGCACUUCCUGGCGGCAGCCGCGCGCUCCGAAGCCCGGCCUUCGGAGGCCGGUCGCUCCAGGCGGCCCUCGGCAGCAGGCACCCCACGGCCCAGCUUGGCUCCGAUGCCCUCGGUGAGACCGUCACGAGGUCCGGCACGUCCCGCUCCGAAGCCAACUUGGGGAAGAAGCCUCGGAGAGGUCAAGUUCGGCUCUGUGGGCCCAACCCUCGCGGCAGUUGCGAUCGGCUUGGUCAUGGUGCUUGGCUCCACGUGCCUGACCUGUUUGGCAAGUAGCCUUUACGGUGCCGGAGCAGGUGACGUAGUUUCCGACCUCAGGUCAGCCAGUCUUGGCACACAUUUACCUCCUUGGGCACAAGCCGCCCCACCAGCGGAGGUGCCGGCUGUGUCGGCUCACUGGCCCCUGCCCUCGGUAGAGGAUGUGGAAGAGCUCGCUCCUCCCAAGGAGGCUCCCCUUCCCAUUCCGCCAGAGCGAGAGACGGCAAGAGAGAUCGGGACAGAUGACGUUGAGAUCUUCGCGAAAGUGCCACAGCAGGCAGACGACACCGCGAGCGCGCUGCAUACGAGCUUGCUAAACGAGGCAAGCUACUCCGAGCAUCUAGAGCCGGCAGGAGGAGGUGCCGAGGCCGAGUCGGUCGCGGUGCAGACGGUCGCAGAUGACGAGCUAGCUGCCGCUGCUGCUGCGCUCGUUGAGGCUUCCGGUUUGGUCGUGCGCGUGGCUGGACGAGCGUUCGUCCGCAUGCUGGAAGAGGCCUGGCAUUCUCUUCUUGGCGGUGUGUCUGCCACGCUCUGCAGUGCCGUGGGCGUUUCAGGUUCGGAGUCGACAGUAGCUGAGCCGCUGGCAAGCGACGAAGCUGCCGGCAGCGCGGGAGCGGGCUUGGAGUCGCUGAUGACCUCGGCAUUGGUGGCCUGUGCCGGUGUCAUGACCAUCUUGGUCAGCAUCCGCCCGGCGGAGGAUAUCCCGACCCCUCUGCGGACGAUCCCACGUCCAGAGGCUAGCUGGCCUGGCCAAGUGACAGCUUCUCCCAUGAGGCCCUUUCUCGGCAAGCCCAGUCCGGCUCAUCAUCUUCCGUCGCCUCAUGCUCUGCCACCGACCGCGCUCUUGCAUCAUCAGGCAACUCGACAGUCGCUGCACGCAUGUAACACUCCCGCUCGUGCAAAGACCACCCUGGAUCAAGUGAAAGUGGAGAUUCCGUCCACGCCGGCACCAGAGCAUCCGGCAGCCAGGACGUCUCUGAUGUCCCGCUUAGGGCGCACGCCGGCAACGGCAGCUGCAGUGCCACCAGGGGAUGCCCUGCAGCGCCGUCCACCGCCACCUCCGCCUGUGAGCUUGACUGUCGAGCCAGCACCCCAGCAGAUGCCGUUGAGAAGCCAUGCCAAGACUACACCGCAGCCGCAGGCUGCGCCUUUAGCCAAGGAGGACGCCUGCGCCCGCUGCGGGUCAGUGCUUCCAGCAGACGACAACUUUUGUCGGCAUUGUGGGCAGCAGAGGGGCAAGAGGUCUUGUCAGGUUCCGGCCGCAAUGCCUCCAAGUGGUCCCGUUGCCCCGGCUGGCCGAGCAAAGUCCAAGCAAGCAGACAAAUCGCGCUUUCGCCACACGAAGCAGCUGAGCAAGCUGAAGGAGAUGGGCUAUGACGAUAGCGAGGAAGUUCGAGAUGUCUUGACGAAGUGCAAUGGAGAUUUGAAUGCUGCUUUGAGAGAGAUCAACUGUCCUGGCACCCGUGCCUAG